AUGUCAGGCGCAGAUGGGCCCCUGGCAGAAAGGCUCGUGUCCACAGAGAGGGCCCUCACGGUCCUGCAUGUGAGCCUGCAUCACCCCGCGCAGGACCCGGACACCUUUGCCAACGUCCCAGCACGGCUGUAGCAUGACACCAGCCCGCUGCUGGUGGGGCGCGGCCCGGAUGCCCACCUCCGGCUACAGCUCCCCCGCCUCUCCCGCCGACACCUGUCGCUGGAGCCCUACCGGGAGAAGGGCAGCGCUCUGCUGACCUUCUGCCUGAAGGCCCUGAGCCGCAAGGGCUGCGUGUGGGCCAACGGGCUGACUCUGAGGUUCCUGGAGCAGGUUCCCCUGAGCGUGGUCAACAGGGUCGCCUUCUCCGGCAUCCAGAUGGUAGUCCGCGUAGAGGGAGGCACCUCCCUGGAGGCUUUCGUCUGCUGCUUCCAUCUCAGCCCCUCGCCCCUGAUUCACAGGCCCCAGGCUGAGGAGACUGAUGAAUGGGAGAGCACCUCCCAGGAGCAGCUUCCCCCAAGUUCAGGGCACUGGGCUCCAGGUCACCUGGGGCUUCUCCAUGGCCGUUCCCUGCCAAGCCCUGGAGGAGGAGCAGAAACACAGCUCUAGAAGGAGACCUCAGACAGCGCUUGCCCCGCCGGCUGCCCAGAGCAAGCCUCACCCGUAAGAGGACUUGAACUCUUAGAGCGACACCACGCGAGGUUGACAAGAAAGACCUGCUUGGUAAUAAUGAACUGAUUGGGCAAACACGAACAGCCUGGGGUGGGGGAGCGCCCUCCACGGUUACAGCUAUGCCAGGUAAUGGGAACUUCAUAUACUUUUAGAGGCCCUGAGGGGUUCUGAGAGCCUCUCUCAAGCCUUUCCCCACAUUUCCCUCCUCUUGUCUGCCUAGGAGUUACUUUAUGUUGCUAAUUUCGCCUGCUGCUCAAGAGCUGGAGUUUGAGGUUGCACCAGGAAUGCAUGGACACAUGUAACAAUUACGUUUGUGGUAGCUCGGGGUUACCUUGGCCUUUCAAAUACCCACAGGCACUCCGGGCUUAGGGAAGCCUGUGUUUAAUAAACUGCAAGUAUUUCAUUAAGCUGGCAUACCCAGUAGGAUUCCCUGAUCCCCAGAUGGGCUGCAUGCGCGCCACGUUGUCACAGAGGCGGGGGCGGGGAAAUAGAGAAGAGGUGUAAGAGGAAAUUGGAAA